AAUCGUUCUGACAAAAAUAUAAUAAUAAUAGUGCUUGGAAUCAUUGCUGCAAUAAUGACACUUUUAUUUUUCAUUUUUUGCAUACUUUAUUUCAAAACAAGAGGUUCUCUCCAUGGACAUUCAGAAAAGCUUCAGAAAGUAAAUGGAGAACUUCAGGAUGAAACAGACACACUUCGGAAAAAAAACGAAAAGCUUCAGAAAGUAAAUGGAGAACUUCAGGAUGAAACAGACACACUUCGGAAAAAAAACGAAAAGCUUCAGAAAGUAAAUGGAGAACUUCAGGAUGAAACAGACACACUUCGGAAAAAAAACGAAAAGCUUCAGAAAGUAAAUGGAGCCCUUCAGGAUGAGAUUGCUAGGAGGAAGGCUCAAUUCAAGAAAGCCUGGAGGGAUGCUCCAAUAUAUCCUGAUUGGAGGAAAGAAGAAUUCGAAGCUGCAAAUGUGACCCUGGAUGAAGCCACUGCCCACCCUGCCCUCCUCGUGUCUGAAAGAGGGAGGCAAGUUACCUGGCAAGAAACUUGUCAAGAUCUUCCCAGCUCCACACAGAGAUUCAACUCCAUUCCCUGUGUGCUGGGUCAGCUGCGCAUCAACUCAGGGAGGGCCCAUUGGGAGGUGGAGGUUGGGGACAUGCAAUCUUGGGACUUGGGAAUUUGUAGAGAAAAUGUGACAAGGAAGGGGGCAUUCAUUAUGUCCCCACAGAAUGGUUUCUGGGCCAUUAGGCUCUAUGACGGGGACUACUGGGCCCUCACCUCCCCGGAAACUUCUCUUCCUCUAAGAGAAAGACCCCUUAAGGUGGGGAUAUUCCUGGAUUAUGAGGCUGGAGAUGUAUCUUUCUACAACAUGACAGAUGGAUCCCACAUUUUCACCUUUCCCCAGAACACAUUCUAUGGUGUCCUGAGACCACUUUUCAGACUUUGGUCCUCUGACUCGGGCUCCCUAACCAUCUGUUCAGCUGAAGGAGAAUGUACUGAUGUAAUUCAUAAGCCUACCCUCCAGGUGAAAUGAUCACUUUGCCCCAUAGAAGAUGGCACUUCUCCCCCAACCAGAUAUAUAAAUAGAUUUUUUCCUAGUCCCUACUGGUUCAUUGUCAAUAUGAAGCUCGGGGACUCAGAUUUAAUGAUUGUCCCUCAUAUCAAUUCUCCCUCUUUUCAUUGUGUAUUCUUUCUCAUUAUUACCUUUUCCUAUGACAGCCUCCUUUAAGUACUAGAUUUCCUAGACUCCCCUGGUGCAUGUGAUCAAAGGAUAGUGGUGUAUUAAAAGGUGAAUUACAAGGAUGUGUCCUUAAA